AUGAGUUUUCGCUUACUUUUAUCUUUUACAUGCAAAUCUCAGGGAUUUGCCUAUUCUAAUAAAAUAAAUCCGGAAGUUAUAACAAAUGAUACAUGGCCGGAACAAAUCGGUCAAUUAAAAACAAAUACAGUCUUACAAUAUGAUAAAAAUUUCAAAAAUAUCGAAGAAUGGGGAUACCCCGCAUUAGCAAAAAAACCGAGAAGGAAUAAAGGGAGAACAAAGAAUCAACCCGUUCCGAAACCUGUCGAACAUUUCAAAUUGCAUCUAGGUAGCAUGCCCGAAAAUGAAAAACCACUGUUACCUAAAGGGUUAACUUUUAAAAAAGCGAUCACCGAUUAUAUAAAAUCGAUGGAUACAAUAAAUACUCGAUGGCCAAACAUAAAAUUCAUGGAACAAGCUUUAAUUAUAUUAACGGUUCCAGCAGAAUUCAACGAUCAAGCAAAAGCAAUAAUGAGAGAGUGUAUUUAUAAUGCUGAUUUGAUUAAAACAAAAAACUCCGAAAAGUUACAAUUUUCUACUGAACCCGAGGCAGCCGCCGUGCAUUGUAUGAAAGUAUUAAAAGAGCAUCUUUUAAAUAUCGUCGGAACAAACUUCUUGAUUGUUGAUUGCGGGGGUGGCACAGUAGAUUUAACCACACGACAGUUAUUGUCUAGUGAUAGAUUGGGUGAAAAAACAAUUCGAACGGGUGGAUUUUGCGGGGGAAUUUAUGUUGAUAAAGGAUUCCUUGUGUUUAUAGGAGAUAAAGUUGGACCCUCUGUAAUGCAAUUACUUCAGGAAAACCAUUAUGGACAACUGCAAUAUAUGGUUCAAGAAUUCUGUAAGAAAGUGAAAUUAUUAUUUACAGGAUAUCGAGAGGAUUACAAACCUUUUGAUAUGGACUUGGACGAAGUUUGUCCUGUUAUAAAACAAUAUGUUACCGGGUCAAGAUUAGAUAAAUUGGAAGAGGACGAAUGGAUCGUAGAACUAAACUUUGAAGAUGUUAAGAAAAUGUUUGAUCCUGUAAUCAAAAAGAUUCUUAAGUUAAUACGCGAUCAAUUGACUCGAAGUGGUACGAUCUCUGCCAUGUUUUUGGUGGGAGGUUUUAGUGAAUCAAAGUAUUUACAAAAAAGAAUUCGUGAAGAAUUCUCGGACGAAGUUAGGAAUAUUUCCGUGCCUCCUCAGCCAAUGGCUGCCAUCGUUAGAGGAGCGCUUGAGUAUGGUCUUAAUAUGCAGAAGAUUAAAUCAAGAACGUUACCCUUGACUUAUGGUAUCGAAUUGGCACCACUAUGGAAAGAUGGUGAUCCACCUGAAAGGAAACAAACAUACGGUAGAAUUUUUAUUUUCCGACGCUUAGCGGCAAGAGGCCUCGAAGUUGAUGUUGAUCAAGAAUUUGGAUUAGAAUUACACCCUAGCUUUAAAGAACAAACAGAGAUUUCAAUCGAGGUAUAUGCGACCACAGCAAUUGAAGCAAAAUAUUGCGAUGAACCUGGGAUGAAAAAGGUCGGGGAAUUAAGAUUAGAUUUUCCGGAUACACAUCUUGGAUUCCACAGAAAAAUAACAUUUACUUUAACGUUUGGCCAAAUGGAAAUUCGUGCUUACGCGAGAAAUCAAUCAGGCCAAUCGACAAAUGCCAAUUUUGAACUUGAGCUUUAG